AUGUCAUUUGAGCUACCAAAGAUCCCGUAUGAAUACAACGCGCUUGAGCCGUUUGUUGAUACGGCGACCAUGAACAUUCAUCAUACGAAGCAUCACCAAGCUUAUGUGACUAACAUUAACAAGUACAUCUCGUCGGACAAGGGCGACGCGCUCAAGGGCAAGUCGAUUCUUGAGGUUAUCAAGUCAGCCACGGAUGCGCCUGUGCGCAAUAAUGGCGGUGGUCACUACAAUCACUCACUUUUUUGGACGUGGAUGACGUCGCCUGGGUCCACGAACACGGCCCCGCACGGCGCCCUCAAGACCCGUAUUGAGGAGGACUUUGGCUCGCUUGAUCAGAUGAAGCAGGAGUUUAAUGCCGCUGCGUCAUCACGUUUUGGCUCUGGCUGGGCGUGGCUUGGUGUCAAGGAAGAUGGCAAACUUGCCAUUACUUCCACUAUUAAUCAAGAUAACCCGCUAAUGCCUAACGUGGACCAGCCACUUAUUCCCAUUCUGGGUCUCGAUGUGUGGGAGCACGCCUAUUAUCUCAAAUACCAGAAUCGCCGCCCGGAGUACAUUUCAGCCUUUUGGAACGUCGCAAACUGGGACAAGGUUGUCGAGUACUACGACAAUUAUGCCUCGAAGGGCAAGGCCGUGGACAUUUGA